ACAAACAGCAAAUAAAUUUUCAAGAGUUGCUUUUUGUAAGCUUUGGUAAAUGGAUUCCUUUUUUUGAAGAAAUUUUGUUGAUAAUGGUCAAUCAGAGCCUUGAGCUCCAAAAUAAAAUUGGAAAGGGCCGGAGUAUUAAAGCAGAGAAAGCAGUGCCCCGGCCGUCAAAUUUAGCCGGUUAGACAAAGAUCGGCAAAGAUCCCUUGGAAUCUCCUCCGUGCAGGAUGGCCGGCGGCAACCAUCCCAAGUCUUCUCUUCACAACAAACCUCCGCCCUCUUCCACCGCCUCCGCCUCCCACCGUAAAUCCCGCUGGGAACCAAACUCCUCCACCGUCAAAUCCCCACCCGAUCCCAAACCCUCCACCGCCCCUUCCCCCAAACCCAAGCCCAAACCCAACUCUAACCCUAACCCUAGCCCCAAACACCCAUCUGAUCACCCUCCCCUUCUCCCCUUCCCUUUCCCAGACCCCGCCCCUCUCGGCCCACCCCCUCCUCCCGCCUACGGCUUCCACAUGCUCGAACGACGUACCAUCGUCCUCGCCGACGGCAGCGUCCGCUCCUACUUCGCCCUUCCCCCCGAUUACCAGGACUUUGCGCCCCGCCCUCUCGACUUCCUUCACCGCUUCCCUCCUCCCCUCAGCCCCGGCCGAUUCCGCCUCCCCGACUUCCCUCCCAGCGCCGCCAAGCGCAAGUACGGCGAAGACGAUGGCUCCCGGGAUGACCUCGCCAGGCAGAGGGAGCAGCUCCUUCGUAACGCCAAUGGCCUCUCUAGGAUUUCCGGCGGCGAGUUCUCUGCGGGCCCCAGCGGCGGUACCCCCCUCAAGCGUGAGUUAGUGGACCCCCCUGAAAUGAGGCCCUCCAAGCACUCGAGGCACGACGGGUCGAGUUUCAGUAGGCACCCGCAGGUGGAUCAGGACGCCCUGAAGAAAGCCUUCGUUAACUUCGCGAAACUCAUCAACGAGAAUGUCUCGCAGAAGAGGAGUUACUUGGAGGAUGGGAAGCAGGGACGUCUUCACUGUCUUGCUUGUGGCACUGGCAGGUCUGCUAAAGAUUUUCCAGAUAUGCAUGCUCUCAUUAUGCACACUUACAACUCAGAUAACGCUGAUUCACAUGUUGAACAUUUGGGAUUGCACAAAGCUCUGUGUGUCUUAAUGGGUUGGAACUACUCAAAGCCUCCUGAUAACUCUAAGGCAUAUCAGUUUUUAUCUGCGGAUGAAGUAGCUGCAAAUCAGAAUGAUUUGAUCAUGUGGCCACCUUUGGUGAUCAUUCAUAACACAAAUACAGGAAAAAAUAGAGAUGGCCGUAUGGAGGGUUUGGGAAACAAAACUAUGGAUAAUAAAAUUAGAGAGCUUGGAUUUAUGGGUGGCAAAUCAAAGUCAUUAUAUGGAAGAGAGGGUCAUUUGGGCAUAACACUGGUUAAAUUUGCUGGGGACCAAUCAGGCUUUAAGGAGGCCAUUCGACUUGCUGAACACUUUGAGAAGGAAAACCAUGGACGCAAUGAUUGGACCCGUCUGCAGUCACAAACAUUAGGAAAGGAUGAUGAAAAUAAUGCAAACCUUGUUAAGGUGGAUGAGAAAAAAGGAGAGAAACGGAGGGUCUUGUAUGGCUAUCUUGGGACUGCUUUUGAUCUUGACAAAGUUGAUUUUGACACAAGGAAGAAGGCUGUCAUAGAGAGCAGGAGAGAAUACAAACCACCCAUGUAGUGUUUGACUAUAUGCCAAUGUAAAAUGGGAUACAUGGAAAGUCUUUCCAGUUGCAUAGAGACGAUUCCUGAAGAUGAUAAAAGGUUUUAUGUAUUUUGCUGACCGUUUCAAUGUACGAUAGGAGGCAGCGUUAUCAUCAUUUUUAUUUUAAUUCUAAAUUUAUACUGAAUUUUCUGC